GACCACUGGGAUGCUGCAGACCCAGCUCCAGGAGGCUCAGCAGGAGCUGAAGGAGGCAGCACGGCAGCACCAAGACGAUCUCAUUGCCCUCCGAGAAGAGGGCAGCACCCUGCUGCAGGACAAGAUCGACCUGCAGAAGCAGAUGGAGGACUUGAAGUCUCAGCUAGUGGCCCAGGAUGAGUCCCAAAGGCUAGUGGAGCAGGAGGUUCAGGAGAAGCUGAGAGAAGCCCAGGAGUAUGGCCGAAUUCAGAAGGAGCUGGAAAGUGAGAAAGCCAGGUAGGUAAGGCAGUCCAUGGAGGUGGCUUCUGCCUUUCUGGUUACAGUAGUGGGCACUGUGACAUUGACAGUUCUUUGCUCAAGUCAUUUCUCCUUUCAUGUCUCUAGCCCUGCAGUGUUCAGGUAGCCAGGUACAAAAGAUGUGGUCCCUGUCUUGAAAAUUUAUACUUCAUUCAUUUAGUAAAUAUUUAGAGAACACCUGUUAUACACUAUGCCAGGGUCAGAGAAUACAGUGGUAAUCCAGACUGUCCCUACCUCAGGAGAAGUUAUGUUUUUUGGGGGAAGACAUUAAUCAAAUAAUCCCUAAGACAAAUUAUUACAGAUUAUGUCACAUGGUAUGUGCAGGAGAGAAACAGUGCUGGACUAGAAAUGAGAGAGAAGACCUACUUCAGAAAACUUAGGGAAGGCCUUUCUUGGGAGGUUGCAUUUAAACUGAGCACUGAAGGAUGGAAUGAACCAGCCACACAGGGGGAAAAGAGCUCUAUAGUAAGGAGUAAAAAUCUUGUGCACAAGCCCUGAGGCAGAUAAAAACUUACAGUGUUGGGACCAGCAGUUAGCAUAAUGGCUAUGUUGCUGGACUCCAUGUAGUUGACUGCUAUUUGAGUCCCAGACCCGGUGGCUUAA